ACCAAACUACGAGAAAACCAACUCACCCAAACAAGAUGAAACUAAUUAUCUUUGCUAUUUCUUUAAUAGUAGCGUGUGAAGCUUUCUCAGCUACAAAUAGCCAUACUAAAAACCGUCACCAACUUAAUCAUGGUGAAACUCCUCAUGUUGCAUCUUCAAAACGGACAGAACCCAUUUGCGAUAAAAUUUGCCUACUUUGUCAGAAAAUAGAAACUCCUAACGCAAAACGGCAUAAUUCUCACAAGAAGAGUCAUAAUAAAAAACAUCGUUCUGUUAGAGAUGGUGAAGAUAUAAAUGUAAAUGAAAAUACUCCUGAUAUAACUACUUUGUGUAAUGAUUGCAAAUGUAACGCAAUAACGGAAAGUACAGAAACUCCAGACGUAUCAACAAUUCCAGGAUCUAUCGAAAAUCAAGGAGAGCAACAAAAUACUCAAGGACAGCAAGCACGACAUGCAGAUGCUAAGAUACACCACAAUGCAAAAGCACAUCAUGGUAAACAUCAUGUUAACAAGAAAAAUCAUCAUUGAUUAUAAUUAUUAUUUAUGU